CGUUGGAACUUCCCUCUUAUUUAUUAUAUUGUCCUUUUUCACUCUUCAUGCUUCCUUCAAAACCUUUGGACCCCGGAAGCUCCGAGAAGCAGCAAAUCUCUUGGUGAUCGUUUUGCGUUCUCUCUCGAUCAGGUUUCCUGGAAAAUACGGUCCUCAAACGAUGGCUGCCACACAGCUGACUGAGGGCACUGUAACAGUGGGUGGACAGAAUCUAUUCUACAGGCAGGCCAAGCCAGCUCAGCAGGCCCCUCGUCUCUCUGUCUUGUUGCUGCAUGGCAUUCGUUUUUCAUCAGAGACGUGGCUCAAUCUGCAGACUUUGUCUAAACUGGCUGAAGCUGGAUACCGUGCUGUAGCUAUUGACUUACCAGGUCUGGGUAAUUCCAAAGAUGCUACUGCUCCAGCUCCCAUUGGAGAACCAGCACCCAGCAGUUUCUUGAAGUCUGUAUUCGAGGCCCUUCUGUUAGACCAGGCUGUGGUCAUCAGCCCAUCUCUCAGUGGGAUGUAUUCACUUCCAUUCCUUUUCCAGCACAGUGAGCUGCUCAAGGCCUACAUCCCAGUGGCACCCAUCUGCACAGAGAAGUUCCCAGCCACACAGUAUGCCAGUGUCAAAACACUGACACUCAUUGUAUAUGGGGACCAGGAUGUCCAGCUGGGAGAGGUCAGCCUGAACAACUUGAAGAAUUUACCCAAUCACAAGGUGAUGCUGAUGAAAGGGGCAGGCCAUGCCUGUUACUUGGACAAGCCAGAAGAGUGGCACCUUGGUCUGCUCAACUUUCUCAAGAGUUUAGAAUGAAGAAUAAAAUGGCUUUGCAUCCUCUGGGCCAUCAUUGGUCACUACCACAUCUGUCUGCUUCCAGAUGUUUGGGACUGCUCUCUUUAUGCAAUUCAGUCAGCAGACAUUCUGGACUAUUCAAUAAUCCCAGAACUAAACGGAUUAGUAAAUUCAUAAUAUCGCAUCCAAAGUGUGCCUGCUGCCUAAUUUUUGGUAAACUGUAUAGGCUGAGUGAGCAUAGCAUUCUGUCUUUUGGCCAUGAGAUGCACUAGGUCAUAUUUUUUCAUACUGACAUGUUAGGAUUUGUCCCGUUAUGUCAAUUGGGAUCAGUGCUGUAAUUUUACUAGCCAUUAAAUCAACCUUAUCCUCAUCCCCACGUCUCAGCCAUGACUAUGAUUCUUUCAUGUGUAUUUUUUUAGCAGCCCAAAUUGAUGAAACAGUAUAUUUCCCCAACUGAACAGUCUUUCAGAGCUAGUCCCCUUGGUCUUUGCUCUCAGUCCUUGACAUUGCCUCUCAUCUCUUUUGUGCGCUCUUCUCUUGAUGACAGAACUUUAAGUUUUCCUUUCUUUACAUUCAGUUCUGUGUCAGAACCUGUUGCUUCUUGCUGUAGGGCAGCAAAAGUAAACUGAAACUAAUAGCCAACAGUGGCAGACAGGUGUUUUGGUUUGUGAUAAACAAGCAUCAGAGAGCAAAGCUAGUGCUGACUUCACUCUCCCUGGCUUUAGAGACUAUCGUUUUGUGUGAUAGAAUCCUUCACAUCUCUUAGCGCGCCCCUUCCUGAGUUCUUCAAUGAUGUGUAUAUGUUAAAUGAUACAUUCUCCUUCUGCAGCCUGGACUGUCCAAGACGUGAUGGCUUACUGUGUGAUGCUCUUGGAUUUCAUGGGUACUGUGAUCAUUGUCUUGAAUGGUGUAAAUUAGACAGUUGAGGGAAUCAUCUAAGAUGUGUAAUGACUCGUCAAUGGGACACAUUCUGAGUACUGUUUGACUGCAGUUGCAAAAAUAGAGAAAAAGCAGAGGAAACUCUCUGUAGUCCUGCCAGGGAAAGGGAAAGGUCAGGGCACUCUGGAGGGGAAGCAUUGCUCAUCCACUUCAAAACAGAAAGGAAAGUGUUCCAUUGCUGCUUCAUACUCAAACCACUUUCUCCUGCAUAUAAUCAAAGGGUCCUUUGGGUUAAUACAGAGACUGCAGACUUUUCAAAAUAAAGCUAGAGACAAAGAAAAUGAAUAAAAUCAGCUGUAAGCUGGAGAGAAAGAAAAUUAAUUAAAUCAGCCACGCAGGACACUGGUUUAUGUAUUCAGUAGGUGAUCCAUGUGAGUUCCUGCUGAAUAAUCAAUUCUUCAUCAAAAUAAAUAACUUGUGAUCACAUAAAA